AGUCCAACGUGAUGUCUCUCGUUCAUCAACUUCAUCCAUACACAUGUCUCAGACAUCUGGUAACAUGCCAUAAGUUUCCACAUAGCAACUCUCUGAACUCUCUAGCAACAUUAAACCCAUAUCUCACAACUGCAGAAACAAAUCGAGAUCCUUCUAACCUUACUACCUCCAUCCCUGCACUCCAUCAUGUGAACAUAUCAACUAAAGUACACUUGACGCCAUCCCUCACCCACGUGCUCCCCCAUCACAAGACCAACCGCAUAUGCCCUCCCAAAGAGAGGGAAAAAAGUCUCCUCCUCCAAAUUUCCCACACCGCCGCAAUAUCUGGCUCCGGAAUAGUCGACCCAAUCUCCCACCUACCAUGCUAAAACCCGCAUUCCACACACGCACUCUCUCUACCCCCAUCCUCACCGGACAUUAUUCCUACUAAAGAAAAACAAAGUAAACAAAAUAUGCACUUGGUAGCCCUACUUACUAUCCCUCUCUUCCCUCUGAUUCCCCCACGAAAUAAGUAAAAGUAAGCUUGCAUAACCCUAUCCCUUUGGCGAAAUCUGCAUCCGUAAAGAAAAAGUACCUCACACCGCAUGAUCCCCAAAAGCAAAAGUGCUUCAAAGUACCCA